AUGGUAAAUGGAAGAAUAUAUACAGAAGACAAUAAAAGUAAAAUAUUAACAAAUGUAUAAUUAUAAAAAGCGGGCCAUAUGAUGAUGGAGGAAAAUGAAAUAAAGAUUGGCACUUGGUUUGAGUUAAGUGAAUUCUUUUAUGAAAACUCCUAAGUCUUUUAUUUAGGCGAAUAUCAAAAUGUUGAAUCUGAAAGUGGUGGUGGAUCAUAUGAUGAAGGAGGUAAAGAAACAAAAAUUGGAAAGUGGAUUGAUUUGGAUAAUCAAUUUUAGAAUGAAAAUCAAAUAACUUGUAAUUGA